ACGCAUGCAUGAAUCCCAAAUUACUUCACUCACCCUCUUUGUUCUUAAGCUUGUUGAUCGUUUACUCCUCAAAUUUUCCUCUCCAUGGAAUGAGAUACCCUUGAUUCGUAAAUUCGGAAUGAUGUGUGCGGUAAAAGAGGAUAUGGGAAACAUUGAUUUGAGAACCUUUGUUUCAAUUGAUUCAAAACAAUUCAGACACGUUAUAACAGAGUGUCGUGAUUACUUCGUUAGGGUUACUCCAACACGUUCACACGUCAGGUUCUCUAAUGAAAUUAAGGAGUUCAUUUUCUCUAAAGAGGGAGGAGAAUGCAUAAUUGAAGGUGUUGGGAAAGGGGCAGUAACUGAGUUCUUAAUCCCUGUCUAUCCAAUGAAUGUUUUUUAUAAUAUCACUUUUCAAGCAGAGAGAAUAUGGUUGUUCAAAUCAUCUGAUAAUCGCGGUACCGUCAUCAUUGCCCCUGUCGGACUCUUUGCUCAAUUUAUCAUCUAUUUUCCUCUUGGCUGACAUGAAAAAUGUAAUGAUUUAGUAAGAGU